AUGCAACCCAACGCAAAAUUUGAGCUGCUUAUUACAGGGCAUCAUCCUGGAACCACUGUUACAGUGACCGUGCAGAAGUCCAAUUUUCAGAGAGAUAUCUCUGUUGAUGCAGGACAAACAGUGUCCAUUGAGCUCCCCACCUCCAUAGAAAUGGUGGGGACGCAGAUCUUUGACCAUACUGUGAGAAUCCAAGCUGACAAAGAAAUCUCUGUAUUGUCCCGCAACUACAAGCAUCAAACAAGUGCUACCACAGCAGUUUAUCCAGUUCAACAGCUGGGUAAAGAGUAUUAUGCCAUAACUCCAAUGGGUGACCGGGCAAAUACUUUCAAGGAAUUUGCAAUUCUAGCCUACACAUUUCCCACAAGAGUUGAUGUUCACCUAAAAGGGUCUGUCAUAUUCAAAGGUCAGGUAUAUCCUGCUGGAAGCAGGCUUGUUGUUGACCUCGACUCCUUCCAAGCAAUCCAACUGCAGAGUUCAGUCGAUUUAUCCGGCAGCAGAAUUGAAUCUAAGGAACCUGUGGCUGUCUUGAGUGGGCACAGCUGUGCCUGGAAGUUCACAAGUUGUGAUCAUGUUGUGGAACAGCUCCUGCCUGUUUCCAGCUGGGGUAACACCUCCAUUGUCCCUCCUCUGCCCUUCUACAGUAGACUUGACACUUUGUAUAUAAUUGCCUCCAAAGUCACUUGCAUCAAAAUCCAGUCUGGAAACAACCACAACUCCCACAAUGUGGUGGCUGGACAAGUUCUCAAGUUGGAUGAGCAGCUUUCUCACCCCAUAUACGUGUCUGCAGAUGCUGGAAUCCAGAUUAUUUUCUUCUUCCCUGGUUCCACAAGAGAAAAUGAAGUCUAUGACCCAUUCAUGAUCAACAUCCCAGCCUUAACCAGCUAUUGCAUGUCAUACCACAUUGAUGGGAUGGCCCAUUUUCACAAUUAUGCUGUCCUGAUAGCCAAUACCUCUGAAUCCAGUGGGAUCACAAUACAAAAGGAGGCCAUCAUGAAUGUCCAGUGGAAACCCGUCCAGGGCACACAAUAUUCAUGGGGUGAUUACAGUUUGGGUACAGAAGCUACUUCCCUUUCUGUACAACACCCCAGUACACCUUUCGGGCUCCUCGUCCUUGGAGUUGCACAGUAUGACGGCUACGGUUCUGUGGCCCUGUGCUCCUGUAACAAACCAGUGCCCUCUUGCAGUUCAGUGCAAUGCAGGAAGAAGGAAAAGUGUGAGAUCAUAAAUGGACAGCCAGUCUGUGUACCAGAGUCCGAAUCCACCUGCUGGGCACAGGGAGAUCCGCACUAUUACACCUUCGAUGGGAGGAAAUUUGACUUCAUGGGCACCUGCACCUACAUCAUCGCCAGGACUUGUGGCCAGGAUGUGUCUCUUCCUUCCUUCAGCAUUGUGGCCAAGAACGAGAACAGGGGCAACCCUCAUGUUUCUUACAUUGCUUUAGUAACAGCCACCAUUUAUAAUGUCACCAUCUCUGUGGCAAGAUAUGAGGUCGGAUUUGUGAGGGUAAAUAAUCAGCGGACUCGACUGCCCAUCUCCUUGAAUGAUGGGAAGCUCCGUCUGUACCAGUAUGGAGGCUCUGCCUUUAUUGAGACAGACUUCUCACUGAGGGUCUCCUAUGACUGGAACAGCUACCUGGUGGUGAAGAUCUCCAGUAGCUUUUGGGAAAGCGUGUGUGGCCUCUGUGGAAACUACAAUGGAGACCCCACAGAUGACUUCCGUACCCCCGAAGGGAAUUUGGCUCCCAGUCCAGUGCAGUUUGGGAAAAGCUGGAAGGUGGAGGAUGGUGACAGGUUUUGCUGGGAUGACUGCCACGGGGAAUGCAAAAGCUGCCCACCAGAGAUGGUCAUCAAAUAUAAAGAUGAGCCGUUCUGUGGCUGGAUCAGCAAAGUGGGAGAUGGUCCAUUCAGCCAGUGCCAUUCUGUGGUGGAUCCCAGUAUCUUUCUGGAGAACUGCGUUUAUGAUCUCUGCUUGAAUGAUGGUCUCAAGCAUGUGUUGUGCGAGGCGCUGAAGAACUACGCUGAAGCCUGUCAGAAGGAGGGAGCUGCUGUUUCUGAUUGGAGGUCUCUAACUGGUUGCUCUCUCUCCUGCCCUGAGAACAGCCACUAUGAGGCCUGUGGGCCCCCAUGCCCUACCACCUGCAAUGCUCAAGCCGGUCCCCAGAACUGCUCCACCUUGCCUUGUGUGGAGACCUGCCAGUGCAAUGGCGGCUUUGUGCUGGAUGCAGGACGGUGCGUCCCCGAGUCUGCCUGUGGGUGCUUAUUUGAGGGGAAGCUCUACUCCCCCGGUGAGCAGUUCUGGGGAGACGCUGCAUGCACCAAGCGCUGCACCUGUGAUGCAGAAACGAAACAAGUGACCUGCCAGGCAACGGGCUGCAAGAGUGGAGAGCAGUGCAGGGUGGAGGACGGCAUACAGAACUGUUACCCCACCAGUUACGCCACCUGCUCGGCUUCAGGGGAUCCUCACUACAUUACCUUUGAUGGUCUGAAGUUUGACUUCCAAGGCACCUGCGUCUAUCAGUUCACUGGCCUGUGUGAGAAGAGAACGGACCUAGUAGACUUUUUGGUCCUCGUCCAAAAUGAUCAUCGAGGCAGCCAGGCUGUGUCUUUCACCCGGGAUGUUGAGAUCUAUGUGUAUGAGACAUCCAUUGUGAUUAGUAGAAGAAACCCUGCAAAAGUCAUGGUGAAUGGCCUGCUGACCAACCUGCCGUACUACACUGAAAGCAAGAGAAUCUCUAUACAUAGACAAGGGCAAGAGGCCGUGAUCGAGACGGACUUCGGUCUCACUGUCACCUUUGACUGGCAAAGUCGGGUCACAGUAACUGUGCCCAGCACUUAUGCCAAUACCCUUUGUGGUCUCUGUGGCAACUUCAAUGGCAACAAGCAAGAUGAGCUGACCAUGAAAAAUGGCACUGUGGCUCCAAGCCCAUCAGCCUUCGGUCAAAGCUGGAAAAUGCGAGAGGUACCAGGCUGCACAGAGGUGGACAAGGGAGAGUGCGCUGACCUCGCAGCCAUUGAAAAACAGCAACGGCAGCUUGGCAAGGAGUGUGGACUCAUCCUAGCCAAGGAUGGCCCUUUCAGAGAGUGCCACAGCAAAAUUGACCCAGAGGGAUAUUUCCAAGAUUGUGUAUAUGAUUACUGCUUCUUCGAAGGCCAGCAAACUGUGAUCUGCCAGCUCAUCAGCAGCUAUGCGGCAGCCUGCCAGGCAGCUGGGGCAGUCCUGUAUGAGUGGAGAUCUGACACUUUCUGCAGUCUGUCUUGCACCCCAAACAGUCACUACGAGCUCUGUGCUCAGGGCUGCCCCCAGACCUGCAGCAGCCUCUACGCUCCAGCCCCUUGCCCAGCUCAGUGUCGGGAAGGCUGUGUGUGCAACGAGGACUUUGUGCUGAGUGGCGACCAAUGCGUCCCGCUGUCCCAGUGCGGCUGCAUCCAUCAAGGCCAGUACUACUUGGCAGGAGAGACUUUCUACCCAACAUGCCAGGAGCGUUGUGUGUGCCAAGCAGGGGGGACUGUGCAGUGCAUGGCAUUUUCCUGUGGACCCCACGAGGAAUGUAGAUUGUUGGAUGGCAUCCAGAAAUGCUACUCUGUUGGCAACGCCACUUGUUCGGCAUCUGGUGACCCGCAUUAUCUUUCCUUCGAUGGACUGGCCUUUGAUUUCCAGGGCACCUGCACCUAUACCCUGGCUAAAGCCAAUGGGGACAAUCAGACCCUGGUACCCUUUGUCGUCAAUGUGGAGAAUGAACCCUGGGGGAAUGGGCAGGUCUCUGUUACCAAAAUGGUUUCUGUCAAGAUCUAUGGCAUUACCCUCACCUUGCUGCAGAAGAAGAAGGGACAAGUCAAGGUGAAUGGUAUAUCUCAAUCUCUCCCUGUGAGCUUUUCUACUGGGAUGGUCACAGUUACUCAGCAGGGCAGUAAUAUUGUGAUCAAAGCAGACAUUGGCCUCAUUGUGAACUAUGACCUGUUUUACUCUGUGAAAGUCAUGGUCCCAAGCACUUACCAGGGCCGGAUGCAAGGUCUGUGUGGCAACUACAAUGGGCAGAAGGAGGAUGAGUUUCUCCUUCCGGAUGGCACGAUGGCUUCAGAUGCAGCUGCCUUUGGCGCUGCCUGGAAGGUUCCAGUCCCUGGGGCAGAAGGAUCCUGCUCCGAUGGGUGCUCUGGGAGCAGCUGCCCAGUCUGCGAGGAGAGGAAGAAGGCCAUCUUCAAACAGCGCAACUACUGUGGGAUCCUCACCGCCUCGGAUGGCCCCUUCAGGGCUUGCCACAGCAAGGUGGACCCCAGUGUGUACUUCGACAACUGCGUCUACGAUGUGUGCCUGGGCAAUGGGGAGAGCCUGAUCUUAUGCCAGAGCAUCCAGAGCUACGUGUCCGCCUGCCAAGAGGCUGGGGUCUCUGUGGAACCCUGGAGGAACCCAUCCUUCUGCCCUCUGCAUUGCCCAGCCAACAGCCACUACCAGCUCUGUGCCGACCUCUGCUCCACCAGCUGCGCCAAGAUCACGGACCCCCAGCCAUGUCCGGAGACGUGCACUGAGGGCUGCCAGUGCGACGACGGCUUCUUCUUUGACGGUCUCGGCUGCGUUCGCGCAGAAAGCUGCGGUUGCUUCCACAACGGACGCUACUACAAGAGGCUGGUCCUGAAGCUGGCGCUCAUGCAGCAAGCAGCGACUCGGCUGCUGCGAGGGGCUAAUCCUUUCAAGAUGCAGCUCCUUUGCUGA